GGCGGCGCACGCGUCGAACUCGCCACCUGGGGACUGGAAUUGACAGUCAGACAGUUAUUGACAAUUAUGCGUGAUAGUUCGUUGGUAACUUGAUAGUUGUGUAGCCGAGGUUGACAGGCAAUUCCUCGUGCGUAUGUAUACUUUUUCUAAUUUUGUAGAGAAUCUCGAAUGCGUCUCAUUGCCUGUCCCGUAAUGCCGGCACUCGUUAGGCCCGCGCUCGCGGACACGGCAAAGUCGUGAGAUUAGGUUCAACCAGGCAAGCUUCGAUCGCGGCAUGGGCGAGAAUUUAGAAUCUUUUGAGGACGAAACGGAUUUUACCGUGGAAUACGACGAAGUCAAUUCGCUCACGAGGCACAAUGUUCGUCCGCUCCAAGGAAUGACAAUACAGAAUGACGUUUUGCAAGGCCGUGAUCACUGUGGAAGCAACAUGUUUGAAAAUAAAAGCGACUCAGUGUUGUUAAGAAAAAAUGAUGGAGAAAUAAAAUUCAAUUGUCCAGUUGACAACAUUAAUUUAUCCAUCACUUUUGAAGAGGAUAAAUCUAUCAAUGACAUUUCUAAUACAAAACUUCAAACUUGCCAAUUGUCUAGCAGAAAACAUAGCAAAAGCUUGCACUGA